AUGGCAUCCACAAGCGGUGUGAAACCUACUCUAGUCGAUCUCCUUCAAACACCCAUUUCUCAAAGUCUUCCAGCUGAUAUUGUGGAGUUGAUAUUGUCACAACCAAUGUUCCUACAAAUUCCCCGACUUCACAGGAGAGGGUGGGAAAACAGCAUUUGUAAAGAUGUAUGGGGAGGGGAUUUUAAGAGAGUAAAAAACGGCAUUCGGAAAGUUUUCAAAAAGGUAGGAGACAUUAAGGGAGGAAACAUAUUAUUUCAUUGUACUGCAGGCAAAGAUCGUACAGGCGUUGUCGCCGCAUUAAUGCUUGCUUUCUUUGGUGCCUCGGAGGAGGAAAUUGCGCUGGAUUAUGCAUUAACACGUAUUGGGACUGGACCACAUAGAGAAAAGUUGUUACAAGAGAUGUUGAAAUGGGUAGGAGAGGAAGGUUUGGAACAGCCGGGACUAGAUGAUUUGUCUAGUGUAAAGGGGGAAAAUAUCAUCGCAUUUUUGAAUUGGAUGGAUGCGGAAUGGGGAAGUGAUGUGGAGCGGAAUGUGAACUGUUCUGAGCAUGUAGAAGGUAGAAGGUAG